AUGCCGCGACCCACACGCGAGUCCUAUGGUGACCAGAAGCCACCAUUUUCAUACAUCGCCUUGACCGCUAUGGCAAUUUGGAGCUCGCCAGAGCGUAUGCUACCGCUGUCGGAGAUCUACCGCUUCAUCACGGACAGGUUCCCGUACUAUCGGCGCAACACCCAGCGCUGGCAGAACUCGCUGCGGCACAACCUAUCUUUCAACGACUGCUUCGUGAAGGUGCCGCGGCGACCAGACCGUCCGGGCAAAGGCGCCUACUGGACGUUGCAUCCGCAGGCCUUCGACAUGUUCGAAAAUGGAUCGCUACUUCGCCGCAGAAAGCGCUUUAAGCUACAUAAAGGAGAGAAAGACAGUUUGAAUGCCGAAUUAGCAGCGUUAGCCACCUUCAACAGGGCGUUUUUGGCGCGUCAAGCCAACGCCCCUUUACCGGCGGCAAAUUUAUCAAGUAGCAUGUAUGCACCUGCCGUGACAAUUUGUUCGAGGCCUAGCCCUGAGCCAAUUGAAGCACCGGAUACAGCUGCUUUACUGCCGACUUAUCCUCGACCGCGAAGGGCAUUUACUAUAGAUGCUCUCCUCGGACCCGAGCCGAGUAGAUCGUCACCGUCACCGCCGCCACCUCAACCACAAUGUCCCCUAGCUUUGCCGCCCGCGCCAUAUCUGUUAGCAGCACAGAGGUACCAUGCAGAGCUGCUAGCGGGUCUACAACAGUCCUGUCUACCUCCUCUUUGGACGUGGCGGGAUACCAGCCAAUUCACACAUUAUACGCUUAAUUCAUGA